AUGGACACGAAAGCGACGAUCGAGCUUGUUGACGAGCUGCAGGAGAAUAUUGAGGAUCUCGAGGACAAUCUCGGGUCACUUCUCAACGAUUCCCUUGCAGCUACCAGCAGAAAACUACCGUUGCUUGACCGCGCCAAACUCAAUGUCCUGCUCGUAUAUUCCAUCGAGUCUUUGCUCUUCUCUUAUCUUAGGCUCCAUGGCGUCCCAGUCAAGGAACAUCCAGUCUUCAAGGAGUUGACGAGAGUCAAGCAGUACUUCGAGAAGAUCAAAACUGCCGAAGCAGGCCCGGAAAGUGCUCGACCAGCCGUCACGUUAAACAAGGAGGCUGCAGCAAGAGUUAUCAGGCACGGAUUGGCCGGGAACGAAAAGUACGACCUAGAACGCGCCGAACGCGAAGCACGCGAGAAGGUCCUUGCAAAUAGAAAACUGAGAGAACUCGAGUCGAAGAUGAAGGAACAGGCAGCUCAAAGCAAUGAACAAGGCAUGAGUGCGACCGACGCCCUGACACAAGCUGCUCAAUUGGCCGCGGCUCCGCUGGAUGAGCCUCCAAACAGUGCACCAAAUCUGGACAGCGAUGCUGACACCGAUUCCGAUGAGGAGGGUGAGGUAGUAGAAGAGCAGCCUGCGCAGUCCCAAUCCCAGCAAGGUCAAAAGCGAAAGAAGAAACCCAGCGCAGCUACGCGCCGAGCAAAACGGAGGAGAGAGGCCGCUUUCCCCGGCGCGAGCAACGAGGAGCAGAUGAAUAAGGCUCUUGGUCGACAAGCCGCCCGCAAAGCUAAGAAGGAGGCGAAGAAGGCCGCCAAGAGGGCUGAACCAGCAGCUGGCUAG